AUGUGGCCUUGGUCGAAAUCCUCAGAGCCCGAGACGAGCGUCCUCAAGGACAGCCGGAAAAAGUGCUGGGAAGCACGGGACAGCUACUACCGCUGCUGCGAGGAGCUAGGCGACUCGGAGGACGCUCGUAGCUGCAGCUCUGAGCGCAAGCUCUACGAGGCCCUGUGCCGCGCGUCGUGGGUCGCCCACUGGGACCAGGCCCGCGAGCGCGACGCCAAGUACUCCCGCGUCCUCGCGCGCAACAUCCGCCAGGGCCAGCGCACGGGCAGCCUGCGCGGCGUGCAGGAGGGGCGCAACCAGCAGGUCGAGGACGACUUGUAG